AUGGUAGCAGUGCUGGUUCUCUUAGCAUUUGCGGCCUCGGCCGAAGAAGUAGCAGCAGCUGAAGCCGUCCUGCGUCAAGCCAAGCCUGGCUGCACUGACCGCUGUGGCAACCUCACCAUUCCAUAUCCAUUUGGCAUAGGGCAUGAUUGUUACAUGGAAGAAGCCUUUUCUAGGUUCCGUGCAGACGAAGAGAGGUACAUGACCGGAUGCAUGUCCAUAUGUGACAACCUUGACAGCGUUGAACAGUCUUGCUCCGGGGUUGGGUGUUGCCUAACUGACAUCCCUAGAGGACUUGAGAACUACACUGUCAGACUGGAUAGCUACUAUAAUCAUACAUACAUACUGGACUUCAAUCCAUGCAGCUAUGCUUUCAUUGUGGAAGAAGGCAAGUUUACCUUUUCCCCGAAUACAAGUUUUAACGACCUCUCCAACACUGAAGAGCUUCCCAUGAUUCUUAAUUGGGAAAUUGGGGAAGGGCCAUGUGAUGAAGCUCAAAAGAAAGAUGAUUAUGCAUGCAAGGCAAAUAGUAAGUGUGUCAAUCGGACCAUCAGCGAUGAGCUAUCUGGUUAUAUUUGUCACUGCCAGCCGGGUUAUCAAGGGAACCCUUACCUCCCUGAUGGUUGCCAAGAUAUUGAUGAGUGCAAGGUUUCAAACCCAUGCACCAAUGGAAGGUGUGCAAAUUCACCUGGAAGUUACUCUUGUUUGUGUGACAAAGGGUACAGAAGCAAUGGAACAAAUGAUCAAAGUUGUAUUAAGGAGAUUCCUAAAAAUCAACCAGAGACCACGCUCCUGCUUAUUGUAUCAUUGAGUAUAACUGGCGGAUUCUUGGUUCUAUUUGUUGGAAUUUCAUGGAUAUGUAGCGGAAUAAAGAAAAGAAAAUUCAUGAAACUCAAAGAAAAGUACUUUAAAGAGAAUGGUGGCUUAUUGUUACUACAGAAACUCGCUAAUCAUGGAGGCUCGGUGGAGACAACAAAAAUAUUCACCACAGAAGAACUAGAGAAGGCAACAAACAAUUACCAUGAGAGUAGAGUCCUUGGAGAAGGAGGCUACGGAACAGUUUAUAAAGGGGUACUACUUGACAACAAAGUGGUUGCAAUAAAGAAGUCCAAAGGUGGUACCUCGAUCCAGAGUGAACAGUUUGUUAAUGAGGUGGUUGUUCUUUCCCAAAUCAACCACAGAAAUGUGGUGAAGCUACUAGGUUGUUGUUUAGAGACAGCAGUACCUUUACUAGUAUAUGAGUUUGUCACCCAUGGCACUUUAUAUGAGCACAUUCAUAGAAAAAGAUCACUACUGUCAUUCGAAUUACGAAUGAAGAUAGCUGUUGAAACAGCAGGAGCACUAGCAUACUUACACUCAUCUAUAUCCACGCCAAUCAUACAUCGAGAUGUGAAAGCAGCAAAUAUACUCCUAGAUGAUAAUUAUACAGCUAAAGUGUCGGACUUUGGAGCUUCACGGUUGGUUCCUUCAGGUCAAACUGAAAUACAAACUUUAGUGCUCGGGACAUAUGGAUACCUAGACCCAGAAUAUUUGCAGUCAAACCAACUAACAGAAAAAAGUGAUGUCUACAGCUUUGGAGUUGUCCUAGUGGAGCUACUAACAAGCAAAGUGGCAUUUUCUAAUGACAGAUGCCUAGCAAGCAUCUUUGUUUCUUCCAUGGAUGAAGAUUGCUUAAAACAAAUUCUUGAUGGUGCCAUAGUGAACGAGGGAAACAUUGAGACAGCAGAAAACGUGGCGAGUAUCGCAAAAAGAUGUUUGAGGGUAAAAGGGGAGGAAAGGCCUACCAUGAAAGAAGUUGCCAUGGAGUUAGAGGGAAUGACAAUUAUGGCAAAGCAUCCAUGGGGAAAGAAUGCCAUGUUUUGUCCAGAGGAGAAUGAGUACUUGCUUGGGUCACCUUCAGACAGUAAUGUUAUGGACGUUAGAGGAGGUGAUCGCGAUUCUAGUGGUUUAACUACUGGGAUGGUUGUAAUCCUUGUUUCAUUUCUAGCAAUGCCUUAUCAAAUAAGUGAAUGUAAGCAUACUGUUAAUGAGAACGGAAGCAAGUGCAUACUGGACUCGGCCACAGCUUCAGUUUCAGUCAACCCUGUGUCUCUCUUUUUCUUUGAUGAAGCAAAUUUGAAGGUUGAAUUUCAAUUCAAAAACUUGAUUGGGAAGAAGAUCUACUCCUCGAACUGGAACAGAACAAUUGGGCUACUCUUCCUAUUGAGUAAUCUCCAAGAUUUUAUUGGAGUUAGGUUGGGGUUUAUGGCUCAAUUUGGUUCUGAUGAUUGCUCGAUUUCGUUAGGUUGGGGAUACUUGGCUGAUUGUUAG